AUGUCUAAGCUCGCGUACAAUGUCAACACAGUGGAAGAAAAUGGCGCAAAUGUACUUCUGUCAGCCAAUGAGAACUUCACAAACUUCAACGCGGUCAUGAUUGGUCACGAAGUCCUAACGAAAGGAUUUAGUGUCUUCCAAUUUGUUCCAGGUACUAACGACACCGUGAUAGUUGCGAUAAAAUCUCAGGAACUAGCACGACUCCCAUUCGCUUCGUUUAUAAUGGUAUUCACAAUCCAUGGUCGAAUAAUUCUGGAUGAAACAAGAAUACCUGGAGAGGCCAAAUACGAAGGCAUAUCGUUUUUGGCUGAGGAAUACCUGGAAUCAUUGUAUAACUAG